AUGCCGUUUUGGUGGCCGCUGAUCGUUCUCGCCUUCGCUUACGCGAUCUGCAAAUUCCUUCUGAUGCUCAUUCCUCCCAAUGUUCCUUCCAUCGACGUAGACGCAUCCGAUGUGUUGGCUCAUGGGAAAGAUACGGAGGAGAAUAGCUUCAUUUAUAUUCCUCCGAGAGGAAGGAGCCAACAGUCAGACAAAAAAGUUCAGUGCUACGAACCUGCCACGAUGAAAUAUCUCGGAUAUUUUCCUGCUCUGUCUCCCUCUGAGGUUAAGGAGCGAGUAACACUAUCAAGGAAGGCUCAAAAAACAUGGGCUCAAAGUAGCUUCAAGCUGAGAAGGCAGUUCUUGCGGAUUCUUCUCAAGUACAUUAUUGAACACCAAGAACUUAUAUGCGAAGUCUCGUCACGUGAUACCGGAAAGACUAUGGUCGAUGCGUCCUUGGGAGAAAUAAUGACUACUUGUGAGAAAAUCACGUGGCUUCUUUCGGAGGGUGAACGAUGGUUAAAGCCUGAACAUCGGUCUUCAGGAAGAGCUAUGCUUCAUAAAGUAUCAAGAGUAGAGUACCAUCCCCUUGGUGUCAUUGGAGCUAUAGUCCCAUGGAAUUAUCCGUUCCACAAUAUUUUCAAUCCUAUGCUGGCUGCAGUCUUUUCAGGAAAUGGCAUUGUUAUUAAGGUUUCAGAACACGCUAGCUGGUCAGGAUGCUUCUACUUCCGAAUCAUCCAGGCAGCUUUAGCUGCUGUUGGAGCACCUGAAAAUCUUGUCGAUGUGAUAACAGGGUUUGGGGAGACCGGAGAAGCACUUGUGUCAUCUGUUGAUAAAAUGAUAUUUGUUGGAUCUACUGCUGUUGGCAAGAUGAUAAUGAGAAAUGCAGCCGAGACAUUGACACCUGUCACUCUCGAGCUUGGUGGAAAAGAUGCAUUUAUCGUAUGUGAAGAUGCAGAUAUCUCCCAUGUUGCACAAGUGGCUGUAAGGGGCACUCUUCAGUCAAGCGGGCAAAACUGUGCUGGUGCUGAAAGGUUCUAUGUUCACAAAGACAUUUAUUCUGCAUUCGUUACCCAAGUAACCAAGAUUGUGAAGUCCGUUUCUGCUGGUCCUCCUCUAAGUGGGAGGUAUGACAUGGGUGCUAUAUGUUUGCAAGAGCACUCUGAAAACCUACAGAGCCUUGUAAAUGACGCCUUAGACAAAGGAGCAGAAAUUGCAGUCCGUGGAAGCUUUGGUCAUCUUGGUGAAGAUGCAGUCGAUCAAUAUUUCCCUCCAACCGUUCUUAUCAAUGUAAACCACAGCAUGCUCAUAAUGAAAGAAGAGGCCUUUGGACCAAUAAUGCCGAUCAUGCAAUUCAGCACCGAUGAAGAGGCCAUAAAGCUGGCGAAUGAUUCACGUUAUGCGCUCGGGUGUGCUGUUUUCUCAGGAAGCAAGCAUCGUGCCAAACAAAUCGCUUCCCAAAUUCAGUGUGGCGUUGCUGCAAUCAAUGACUUUGCAUCAAACUAUAUGUGCCAGUCGCUUCCCUUUGGAGGUGUAAAGGAUAGUGGGUUUGGACGGUUUGCCGGAAUAGAAGGUUUAAGAGCUUGCUGUCUUGUGAAAUCCGUGGUUGAGGAUAGAUUUUGGCCACUCAUCAAAACCAAGAUUCCAAAACCUAUUCAGUACCCGGUAGCAGAAAACGCAUUUGAAUUCCAGGAGGCACUAGUCGAAACCCUUUACGGACUCAACAUUUGGGACAGGCUAAGAUCCUUAAUCGAUGUCCUCAAGUUCCUGACCGAUCAGAGCUCUCACGUGAGCAGAAGUCGAAAGAGCCACUAA